AUGCCGGAACAUUCUAGUAAUAUGCGAUUCUGUAUCCGUUUGAUAGCGUUUGUUUUGAGUGUGCUAACAACAAUUGCUGAUCCUGUUCCUGAGCCAGAUCCAGCUAGAUUAUUGGGAAAGUAUUUGGUGUCUUAUCACCCAUCGGAUGGAGAAUAUCAUUUGACGAAACAACCACUAGAUUUAAGAAACAUCGCCAACAACGAUGACUACUAUUCGGAUACAUUGGUCAAUCAGGGAGACAGUCAAGCAUCUUCGUCCGGCUCUAGAUACAUGGCCAGCUACACAACUUCGAUUAAACAUGGUAACAAGUUUGGCAACUUAGGUUCUGAAAUGUCUUUCGAAGAUGGUGAUGAUAGACACACCUACACUAGUAGUUACAAGAGAAAGCCAAUUAUUCCGAUUCUACAUUCGUACAGCAUUAUCCAUUCACCGAAUCAGAAUGUAGUUUCAAAAGAUCAUGAUGAUUACAAUAAUGAUAUCGAUGAUGACGAGGACGACUACAUUCAAACUAGCUUCACACCACCGAAAGUGAUACACACGAAGGCAAAGACUGUUCCCAUAAGUCAGCACAUCGAGGUCGAAACCCCAGUUCCAGUGCCGUAUGUUAAAAAGAUACAUGUCCCCGUCCCGAAGGGGGUAAAAAUUCAGAUUCCCCACCCAGUGCUAGUUCCUGUUCCGCAGCCAUAUCCUGUUCACGUUCCUGUAUCGCAACCAGUAGCGGUACCAGUGAUUAGGGAAAUCACCAUUCCGAUUGAAAAGAUCGUCCCUUACCCGGUGGAGAAGAAGGUUCCAGUUCCCAUCGAGAAACCGGUUCCUUAUCCGGUGGAGAAGCACAUUCCGGUACACAUCCCGCAGCCGUACCCGGUCAAGGUGCCCGUCGUUAAAACUAUCGUUCACAAGUUAAAACCGCCACGUACCGUUGGCGUUGGAAGCGUUACUUUCUGA